ACGACGGCGCGGGCUCGAAGAAGAAAUAACCAUCAUGCUGAAGCGACUCCUAAUCCCCACUAGAAUAAGGCUAGACUAUCUAAGACACAAUACCAUCACAGCAGAAGCAAAAGCAACAGUUGCCAGUCCUCCUCCUGCCGCUCCCCAUGUGCCUGUACUCUGUGACAAAGCCAUCGAAUACUUGAAGGAGGCUCCCGGCAGAACCUUUUUCGACAUGACCUUCGGUGCUGGUGGUCACACGCGGCGAUUACUGGAGGCUCUGCCGGAUGCCAAAGUGUACGCCUUGGAUCGUGAUCCAGUGGCCCACCAGCUGGCGCAGGAGCUGAGCGAAACGGCAGAGUACAAGGGGCGGAUUAUCCCUCUGCUCGGUAAAUUCUCCGACAUCCCACGACUCUUUGGGGAGCAGAGCCUUGCGAAGAACUCGAUUGCUGGCAUACUCUUCGAUUUUGGCUGCAGUUCCAUGCAGUUCGAUGAGGCGGAACGUGGAUUCUCCAUCUCCCACGAUGGUCCGCUGGACAUGCGCAUGGAUGGCGGACGCAGUGGCGGCCUGACUGCCGCCGAUGUCGUGGCCAAGGCCGAGGAAGGAGACUUGGUCAAGAUUCUGCGCAUCUAUGGCGAGGAAAAGGCAGCCAAAAAGAUUGCCAGAGCGAUAGUCGAUGCACGCAACGGAAUGAUUAAGAUUGAGACGACGCGACAACUGGCGAAUAUCGUGGAGGAUGCCCUCGCCAGUGGACCGCGCAAGGACAAACUGCAGCGUCCUGCGCAUUCGGCCACUAAGGCGUUCCAGGCGCUUCGCAUCUUUGUGAACAAUGAGCUCAACGAAAUCAACUACGCCAUGCUGCUGGCCAACGAAAUGCUGCGCCUUGACGGUCGCCUGGUGACCAUCACCUUUCACUCGCUGGAGGACACCAUUGUGAAGCGGCACAUCGCUGGCAAUGUCACUGCUGGCGCUGCAAAUCUCAUGCCCCUAAAGUACUCCAGCCAUGGGCUCAUCGAUGAUCCCCAAAUGCUUCAAUCGCUGAGCGAAACCAACUGGCGGCAGCUCCAUCGUCACGUCAUUGUGCCCGACCCCGCGGAGGUCGCUCGGAACAGUCGCAGUCGAUCGGCCAAGCUGCGCGCUGCUGUUAAGAUUAGUGCGCCUCCAGAGAUCCAUGAAAAGAGCACAGAAUAGAGAGCUUGUUGCGCUCUCUGUGGCUGUUUUUUUGGGCAUUGCUUAUCGCUUCGGCCAAUUGACACCUUGCCGAUAAGGACGGACUGGUUUCUGUGCUAUUUGCUGAGGUUCUGUUCUGUUUGCCUUCGUGCAGAAUUGUUUGACUCUUUUUUGUGUUGGGUUUAGUUAGAUUAGGAAAACGCUGUUAAUUGUGGCAGGUAAAAGUGUUCUUCCUACAGUGGGAUCGCAUGCCAAAGAUCGUGGUUAAAAUAUACGCUU